GCCGCUACAGCCUGACCAUGGAGACCUCCACCGGGUACCAGGGCUCCAGCCACCGCCUCGGCGACUUCGUGCUGCUCUUCAACGCCUGGCACCCAGAGGACGUGGUUUUCCUGCGGGACGAGGAGGAGCGCAGCGAGUACGUCCUGUCCCAGCACGGCCUCAUCUACCAGGGCUCCUGCGACUUCAUCACCUCCACACCCUGGAACUUUGGGAAGUUCGAGGACGACAUCCUCUCCAUCUGCCUCCAGCUGCUGGACAUGAACCCCAAAUUCCUGCAGGACCAGGACCAGGACUGCUCGCGCCGCAACGACCCCGUCUACAUCGGGCGGGUGGUGAGCGCCAUGGUGAAUUGCAACGACGAGGACCGGGGGGUGCUGGCGGGGCGGUGGGACAACCGGUACGACGAUGGGAUGAGCCCCAUGGCCUGGAUCGGCAGCGUGGACAUCCUCAGGAGGUGGCAGAAAUUCGGGUGCCACCCGGUGAAGUACGGCCAGUGCUGGGUCUUUGCUGCCGUGGCGUGUACCGUCCUGCGGUGCCUGGGGGUCCCCAGCCGAGUGGUCACCAACUACAACUCGGCCCACGACACCAAUGGCAACCUGGUCAUCGACCGCUACCUCAGCGAGACGGGCAAGGAGGAGCGGCGCUCCAGGGACAUGAUCUGGAACUUCCACUGCUGGGUCGAGUCCUGGAUGACCCGUCCUGACCUGGCACCCGGCUACGAUGGUUGGCAGGUGCUGGACCCCACGCCGCAGGAGAAGAGCGAGGGGGUGUUCUGCUGCGGGCCGGCCCCCGUCAAGGCCAUCAAGGAGGGGGAGCUGCAGCUCCUGUACGACACCCCCUUCGUCUUCGCCGAGGUGAACGCCGAUGUCGUGUACUGGGUGGUGCGGGGCGACGGCUCCGAGAAGAAGAGCACCCACUCCUCGGUGGUGGGGAAGAACAUCAGCACCAAGAGCGUGGGCAGGGACAGCCGGGAGGACAUCACCCACACCUACAAAUACCCCGAGGGGUCUGAUAAGGAGCGGGAGGUGUUUGAGAAGGCCGAGCUCGAGACGCAGUGGCUGCGGGAGGAGGAGGAGGGGCUGCCCCUCCGCCUCAAGCUGGCGGGGGGCGCGGACAACGGCCGCGACUUCGACGUCUUGGCCGUGGUGGGCAACGCCUCGGACGCGGAGCGCGAGUGCCGGCUGACGCUGUGCGCUCGCACCGCCAGCUACAGCGGCGCCGUGGGGCCGCAGUGCGGGAUGAAGGACCUGCUCAACCUGGUCCUGGCGCCCCACGAAGAGAAGUGCGUGCCCCUGCGCAUCCUCUACGAGAAGUAUGGGGAGAGCCUGACCCAGGACAACAUCAUCAAGGUGGUGGCGCUGCUGACCGAGUACCAGAGCGGGGACGUGGUGGUGGCCGUCAGGGACGUCUACGUCCAGAACCCCGAGAUCAAGAUCAGG